CCUUCUUUCUGAAUUAUCCACGUCGUUUAUUCAAUGCAAGGAGGAUCAGACAGCGCUGCGAGGAUCUGUUACCCUAUCAUACAGUCUCUGUAAUGAAGCUGCGUGGUCGACAAAGAAACCGUUCUCGUUUCGAUAUUAAAUCGGCGUUUGAGCAUCUCGUGGGAUGGUUUUGUUUCACAUCUUCGGCACACAUGCGUGCGAUAUCGCGACAGAUGUGUAGAGACGUAAAGUAAUGCAACUACAUGCGCAGCACUGAGGAAAACGCUCGCGCCUCUGAGAGGCUACAUAGUGAAACUCAGUAGUUAUCGCCCAUCUGGGCUUUAAUGCAAUACGAGACAGACUGAUUUUAAGUUACAUGGGGCUGUUUUCUUCUUUGCAAGCGGAUGAGAACAUCACCUAUUGCAAAAAGAGAACGUCAGUUUGGAUCUUAUCUGGUCCACUAUUUAAGAUGUCACUAUAAGAAAGACUGUGGCAGGGAUUACAUGUUGAGGAAAUUGAUUUGUUCAGUGAGCUCAAACCAGAGCAGUCAGGCUCAUGAGUACCCAGACUGCCAGGAAGGGGUCAGUGAAGCCAGCCUGCUGGUGUCCCCUUUGGUGGUGGCCGGCAUUGUCAUCGGCCUGGUGCUCUUUCUCUCUUGCGUCACCAUCAUUGUGGGCAGUCUGCGCAAAGACAGCCGACUUCGCAACCCCCACCUGCGUGCAAGCUACGCUCCAGAUAGCCUCUCAUAUGGUGGCUCUAUUGGAGAGCUGAGGUCCACUUGCAUUGAGGACUUUCCCCCUCCAUUUGACUUUGAUUCCUAUAUGGAGACCGUGUCUCAUGUCAAUGUCAUGUACCCAGACUCCCCACCUCACUAUGAUGAAUGUGUCGGACCAGGGACCCAGCUGUAUGUUCCUAGAGAUGAUCCACCUCCCUACUCCCUCACAGACCCGUGCCGGGGGGAGCUGACCUCAAACAACUAUAGAGAGAUGGAAGAUCUGCCUGCUGGUGCUUCCUGGGUAUCAACAAGCAGCUCUUCCCAUUAUCCAACCAGACUACAAGACUUAAGGCACCAGCCAGUCCCCUCCAUCUCUCUGUCAGCCUCACCUUUAGAGGAGGCUCCCCCGUAUGAGGCAAUAGUGAGUGAACAAAACCAGCCCCUCCCCCUGAUGCCCCUAGAUCUGCUCAAACACACAAGAGAGGGCAGCAGUCACCAGGACACCGUUCCCAAUAGGAUCCUGUAAUCCCUGCCCCUCCGGCACACUCAUGUAUCACCUGUACCAAACCAGCUUUUAGAGGGCUCCUUUGCUUGCCUGGAGUCUCCUGCAUCAAAGAAGACUCAAUAGAAAAGCUGUGAACUCGGAGCUGAAAUAGACACCUGCAGAAUCCCACAAUUACCUCUUACGUAAUCAGACACAGCUUUUAGACACUGCAUUAUCUGUUUCAUACAUCAAAAAGGGAGCCACCAUGACAGCACAGGGCUAUCUACAACUUUGCAUUUGUGUGUAUCGUCUUGUCUAUAUUUUUCUGUGUCAUUAAGAUAUUUGUGCCCCUGGACCACAAAACCAGUCUUUUUUGGGGAGGGCGGGGGGUUAUACAUAAUCUGAAAGCUGACUAAAUAAACUUUCCAUUGAUGUAUGGAUGUGACAAAAUUUGGCCAAAAUACAAUUAUUGGAAAAUCUGAAGGUGCAAAAAAUCAAAAUAAUAAGGAAAAUCGCAUUUAAAGUUGUCCAAAUGAAGUCAUUAGCAAAUGCAUCACUAAAAAAUAUAAAGUUUUGAAAUGUUUACAAUAGGAGAUUUGCAAAAUAUCUCCAUAGAAGAUAUUUUGACAUCUUUACAAUGAUUUUUGGUAUAAAAUAAAAAUAUAUGAUUUCAUCUCAUGCAAUGUAUUUUUUACGGAAGCAGAGAGAGGACAUGCACUAUUAUUAUUUUUGCUUGCUUGUUUUCUCGUGAUCUCGAGAUAACAAAAGUUGUUUUCUCGUUAUCCUGACAUGAUAAUCCAAAUGUCAUAAUGUAAUUUCCUGUACAUAUUUAGUGUAUUUUGAAGUGGACUGCUAAUGCAUAUGAGUUGGGGUCUUCGCCGUUACCACACGUGUAGCCGAUAGACUUAAAGGACAAGUUCGGUAUUUUACACUUAAAGCCCUGUUUUCAGAUUGUUUAUGGU